GUUUAGCUAUGUUGUGCGAGUUAUUUUGUCUGCACUCUUGUCGUGCUAUCGGAGCUCUUUGCAGCCCGCUCGUCGAGCAGAACUCAAGUUGUUCGCGUGAGAAAUCAUGUGGCAGCUUCAACCCAGAGGAAGACCCGCGGAAAAGCGACCGCGCCCGGAGCGCACAGGCUUCAGCCGGCCGAACCUCCUUCCCGGACGCUACCGACCCGCUACCGUUGGCGAGUCGCCAGAUAAACGACCGGGCGCAACUGAUUCUGCUCCGCCGGCGGAGCCACCGGCCGUCGCAGGCGGCGCUACUGCAGAGCCACGAAACUAUCUGGAAGACCAAAUGCUGUUUGGAUUGACACAAGACUUCCUUCGGCACUUUGACAAGCGAAAGUGCCAUCCGCUGUGCUUCCAGAGUCCGAAAUCUCUGACCAUCAACACCGACCUGUCAUUGAACCACGGCCGACAAAAUAACCGCAGUACUUCCCUCGGAACCAGCAAGAUGCUACAAAAUUUUCCAGCCGGAGUCCCGGCGCCGCGUUUCCGCACUUACGCUGACUCGAGUGUAGAGGAACCUCCAGACGCGUUGAGCAACAGUUGUUCAAACUUUGCUGAAACUUUGCGCGGAUCGACAGACAGCAGUGGAAAUUACGCUAAUCUUUCUUCCUCAAACAAGGUUUCCCCGCCGCUCCCGGCGGUUCGGCAACCAAGCCCGCUCGGUCUCGCCGGUGCCGUAGCGGGGCAAGUGGCCACUUUCUACCGGGACGAAGACGGCAACCUGGUGUUUCCGACGCUGGAAGAGGCGGGCACCACCCUGGCGCCCGACCCGGUUCGCGCGCAGGCCCGCACGCGCAAGCAACUUCCGACUACGCGGCUCGCCAACCUGUACGCGCGGACACAGGGCCGCCGGCUGCUGAAGGACCUGGCGACCAACCGCGGCAGCUGCGAUAAGAGCAAGAUGGGGGCUGCAACUUCUCGUAGUUCGGGUAACAACAGAAGGCAGAACAUCAACCCAUUACCGGUCUCCACAACCACGUCGCCUCUGACGGUGACCAACGCACAAGGUCUCUUCGUGAACGCGAUGAUACGCUCGGAGAGCAAGCACCGAACGUGCUCCAGCAACGACCAGUCUUCCACCGCCGGCAACCUCGGAGAUGACCGAUUUUGGUUGACGGAACACGCUGACCGACCGGCCACGACCGCGGCUACGGGGCACAACAAUCAGGAGCAGCGGCCAACGCUGCUCCAGUCGCACUUCUCGCAGAGACUGUACAAGGCCGCGCACGAGAAGGGCAGUAUGAAACGAGCCCAGGAAGUGGAUGACGCCUUGGCGUUUCCGGAAAAAAACAAGCACUUUCUGGGCGUGGUGACCAAUUCCAAAAAGCUUUUCUACGCACGACCCGAGUCGUGGACCCGAGAAGAGCGCAGCUGCGUCGAGCUGCUGAAGAGCAGCACUGCCAAGGACGAGGAGGCGUCGGAGAGGUAAGCACUAAAAUGACUCUGACAUUGUACAGUUUGAAUAGUGAUAAAGAUUUCAUAUUUACGAAUCGCAUGAGCUACAUGCUCCUUAGCGCACUCGGGUGCUGCGGCUUUUAUAGUGGACGAGGCGUUUGCCCUCUCGAAUGCGGUUUUUUCGGAACCAAAAGGUCCGCGUCAAAGUCCGGCAGCAAGGCGUGUGCGAGCGGGCGCGCUGACGUUCCGGGAUGCGAGCAGUUGCGAGAGGACCUCGCCCAGUGCCUGGAAAAGCUGCAGCACACGGAGCUAGAGUUAUUGUCUUGAAGCAGUUUUGCCCAGUAUUGCUUCGAAUCAUCCCAGUUUAUUGCAACCCCAGUUUCGGUUUUAUGAUGUUUCAGUUUCAAUGAAACCAUACAGAAAGAACAAGUUUCAUCUUCUUGAUAUGAUUUUGAUAUGUUUGCAUCUUGUCUUCUUGAAAAAAGUAUCAGCACAGUAGUGUAAACUCAGAGG